AUGAACCAAUCUCAAGGCAUACAUUGGAAGAAGUGGAACUUUAUCUCUCUUCCAAAGGAGUAUGGUGGUCUGGCUUUCCAGGAUCUGCAGCUCUUUUAUAAAGCAAUGAUAUGCAAGCAACUUUGGAGGAUUAUCUCCAACCCUGAUCUUCUGGUAAGUAGACUUCUCAAAGAAAGGAUUGAAAUCAGAAAUGGGGUGACCACCAGAAUAUCUUACUUGAAUUGGGUCCCUGGUAUUUGCAAACCUGCUCCCACUCUUAUUCCACUUGCCAGAGGACAUCUGACUUGGGUUAAAGAUCUUAUGCAGAGCAAUGGUGCACAGUGGAAUGACUGGCUAAUCAAGCAGGUCUUUGAUGAGAUUGAUAGCUCUGCCAUUCUUAAAAUCUCUACACUUAACCCUCUCAGACAGGACAGGUUAUUCUGGGCCUUAGGCUUGGUGGUACCAAAAAUUCACAUGGAGCACCAACCUUCGGCCAAAAAAGGAAAAACUCCAUUGAUAUCAUCGUUCUUUAGAAAAUGGGAUCUUCAAGCUAGUGAAAGCACAUCAAUUACGGUGCAAAAUGAGCAUAAUGAAUCUCCUUCGCCGCACAUCGCUCCAAUUCUCCCAGAGCCAAACUGGAACAAAACUACUACUGAGCGAGAUCCGGGAAAAAGAAAGCAAAUAGCUUUAUCAUCUCAUACUAUGUGUGUUAGAAGAGCGGAGGAUUUGAUGAUACCCUCCAAACAUAUAGACAAAGUUUUGUAUGCCCAGUCGAAAAUUGAAAAGGAGAGAAAUCGUCUACGCUUGAAGAGUUCAAUUAUGAGCGUUCGGUGGUUAGCACUUCAAGGUUUCUUCUUCAGAGGCAAUGACGAGUCAUCUUCUUCUUCAAACCGUGGAAAUUUUAUUGAAUUGAUCAAGGCUUUCGCUAAUAUGAAUGCUGAAGUUAACGAAGUUGUUUUGUAG